UCAUUUCCUUAUAAAAUCCUCAGAAACCCUAAUCUCUUCCACUCUCCCAUUUGGUUGCCGUCACAUCCAUCAGCUAGGGUUUCCUCAGAGAGAGAGAGAGGGAGAGAGAGCGAAAAUGAAGUACAACCCAAGAGUAACGAGCUCACGGCGCAAGAACCGUAAGGCCCACUUCACAGCUCCGUCGAGCGUGAGGCGCGUGCUGAUGAGCGCGCCUCUGUCCACCGACCUGAGGAGCAAGCACAAUGUGAGGUCCAUGCCGGUGAGGAAGGACGACGAGGUCCAGGUCGUGCGCGGGACCUACAAGGGCCGCGAGGGCAAGGUUGUCCAGGUGUACCGUCGCAAAUGGGUCAUCCACAUCGAGCGGAUCACCCGCGAGAAGGUCAACGGGUCGACGGUCAACGUCGGAAUCAACCCCUCCAAGGUUGUCAUCACCAAGCUCCGCCUCGAUAAGGACCGUAAGUCUCUUCUCGACCGCAAGGCCAAGGGUCGCGCCGCCGCAGACAAGGAAAAGGGUACCAAGUUCACUGCUGAGGAUGUCAUGCAGAACGUUGAUUAAAACUAAGGUUUUGGUUAUGGGAUUAUUAUAGAUCUGUUUUUUUUUGUUGAGUAAUAGUGUUUUUUUUAUUAGGUUGUUUUUGUCUGUGGUGGUACUAAGAGAACGCUUAUCUUGGUUUAAUGUUUUAUGGAUUUUGAGGGUCUUAUGUGUUGUGUCUGGCUCUUAAUGACCUGGAUUUUGUUUAAUCAAUGCGUUUAUUCUGAAUA